AUGUCCUUAGUUUUACCAUCAGUAAAAACUAACGAACCAGCCUUGGAUAACACUGACGUGACACUGGUGGCCCAGCUGUCUAUGGACAGACUUCAGAUGCUAGAGGCCAUCUGUAAACACUGGGAAGGGCCCAUCAGUCUGGCUCUCUACCUCUCAGACGCUGAAGCCCAGCAGUUCCUGCGAUACGCUCAGGGCUCUGAGGUCCUGAUGAGCAGGAGCAACGUGGGAUAUCACAUAGUCUAUAAAGAAGGCCAGUUCUACCCUGUUAACCUGCUGCGUAAUGUUGCUAUGGGGCAGGUCAACACACCCUACAUGUUUCUGUUGGAUAUUGACUUUUUGCCCAUGUAUGGACUCUAUGAGUACCUCAGGAAAUCGGUUGUUCAGCUUGAUAUGGGGAACACUAAAAAGGCUCUUGUGGUUCCAGCAUUUGAAACUCUGCGCUAUCGGCUGUCCUUUCCCAAAUCAAAAGCAGAGCUCCUGUCACAACUCGACAUGGGCACUCUGUUCACAUUCAGAUAUCAUGUCUGGACAAAAGGUCACGCUCCAACAGACUUUGCCAAAUGGAGAACUGCUACAACACCAUACCGAGUUCAGUGGGAGGCCGACUUUGAGCCGUAUGUAAUGGUCAGACGAGAAUGCCCAGAGUAUGACCGGCGCUUUGUGGGGUUUGGGUGGAAUAAAGUAGCUCACAUCAUGGAGCUGGACGCUCAGGAGUACGAGUUUGUGGUUCUGCCCAACGCCUACAUGAUCCACAUGCCCCACGCGCCCAGUUUUGACAUCACCAAGUUUCGCUCGAACAAACAGUACCGCGCUUGUCUGAAGACGCUGAAGGAGGAGUUUCAGCAGAAUAUGUCUCGCCGUUACGGUUUCGCCGCUCUCAAAUACAUGACAGUGGAUAACAACAGCUAGCCGAGCACAUUGUUCAGCGAACCGAUAAAAUAACUGCCAUGAGCUGAUGAAGGAGUGCUGUGUGACAGCGCCUUUAUUGAUGCGUUCAGUGAAACUGAGAUUGCAGGGUCAUUAGGAGGCACGGCUCGUGAUCAUCCAUUCAUUCAGGGAUCCGAUAAGACGUUUAUCAGUGGUGUUUGACAAAGGUGCCGAGAAAUAAACUGCUGAUUAGAAGUCAUUGAUGAACUUUUGU